ACCAAAAUGUCGCCACUGGCUGGCCGGAUCACACGGGUAAGCCGGGAAAGAGCUGGAUCCCCUGUCCUGCAAUGCAAAGCCGCGUGUUUCCUCUUGCACUUGUGCCACGACCAGAUAGAAUAGCAGGCAGGCAGCCGGCGUGCCUUGCCUAUUGCACGCAUGGUACUCCCAUUCCCCUAUAGGAUAAUACUAGUUGGAGAAGAGAACACGCACUUGGAGCAGCAGAAGCUAACUUAUCUUGACUCAGUUGACUGGCAUUCCCGUAUACAUGAAACGUCCAAAGGCUCGUAGGGCAGGCAUAGGCAGGACGCAGGUGAUGUAGAUAGUAGCGUUGGAGCACGUUGGCUCUGCCUCACUUCGUCGCGUUUGGCUGGCUGUGACGUGGACCGUGAUGGGUCGUUGGAGGACGGCCGGGGAGAGAAGGAAGCAGAGCAACCGUAGCAGCAGUACCAGGGUACCACGGCGUCAGGUUCCAUCCAGCAGCCCGUGACGCUACGUUGUCGCUACCCAACGAGUGUGAACUGUGAGGUGUGAAGGCCCUCGUACGCUCCCCUCCCACUCUCCCGUAGUCCCGUUGUCCUGUCUCCUUUCCCCUGCAAAAACCAGGCGGCCGGACGUGUCGAGCCGCGUGGCUAACCCACAUGCUUAGCAAGCAUCGGCGGCUACUAGCAGCCUGCCUAAGCUUGGCCCCCCGACAUCCCAACGGCAGGGCACAGCCAGCGGAGCACGCACGCGCCUCGCGAUUUCGCCGGGGGGGAUAUGCUCUGCUCUGGCGCGGUCGCAACCCGCAGCCGCAGCUGGACGCGGUCGCAGCGGGCGAUGUGCAAGCCCAGGCCCGGCUCCGACGCGGCGGCGCCGCGGCCCGCGGCGGCCCCCUCGUCCCGCCGCUCUGCCUCCUCCUCGUCCUCCGCCAAGCGCCGCCUCGCCGCGGCCGGGGACUCCUCCGCCACCGCCUUCACGUCCUCCAACUCGGGGGCGGGGCCCUCCGGCGCGGGCACGGCCAGCGGGCAGCGGCGCGGCGCCACCUCGUCGUCCUCGACCUCGUCCGCGUCCUCCGGCCGCGCCUCCCUCGCCGCGGCGCGCGCCUCGCUCCCGGACCCGCCCGUGCUCUACCCGUUCCAGGAGCUCGCCGCCGCCACCAACAGCUUCCUCGCCAAGCGCGCCGGGGGCGACGCCUACUGGCGCUGCUCCCUCCGCCGCCGCGACGCGGCGCUCUUCCAGCUCCCGCGCCGCCCCGGCGCGGCCGUGGACGCCGCCGCGCUCGCCCGGGUCGGCAGAUACCACCACACCAGCCUCGCGCGGCUGCUGGGCGCGUGCCCCGCGGGCGCGCACCUCUACCUCGCCUACGAGCUCCCGCCGGGCGCCGCCACGCUGGCGGCGUGCCUGCGCAGCCCGCGGAACCCCAGCUUCACCGCGCUCCGCACCUGGGUCUCCCGCGUCCAGGUCGCCGCCGACGUCGCCCAGGGGCUCGAGUACGUCCACCACCACGCGGGCGCCGUCCACGGCCGCGUCUCGCCCUCCGCCGUGGUCGUGUCCGACCCGGGCCUCCGCGCGCGGCUCACCCACUUCGGCGCGGCCGAAUUCGCGGCCCCCGCCGACGCCCGGGAGGCCGGCGAGUCCCCCUACGCGGCGCCGGGGUCGAGCGAGCCGUCGCGGGAGGCGGACGUGUACGCCUUCGGGGUGCUGCUGCUGGAGCUGCUCUCCGGGGAGGAGCCGGCGAGGUACCGCUUCGACAGGGGCACCAAGGAGUUCCAGCGGGUGUCGGUCCUCGAGACGGCCGCGGCGGCGGCGGCGGGCGGGAGCGUGAGGAACUGGGUCGACAGGAGGCUAGGGGACUCGUUCCCCGUGGCGGCCGCGGAGAGGCUGGUGGAGGUGGCGCUCCGGUGCGCGUCGCCGGAGAACCGGCCGGACAUGACGUGGGUCGCGGGGAAGGUGUCCAAGGUUUACCUCGAGUCCCGGGCGUGGGAGCAGAAGGUCCAAGUGCCCACCGAGUUCUCCGUAUCGGUGGCGCCGCGGUGAACCGAGCGCGACCGCGCGCCGACAUCGCCGUUGCCAUUUUCAGCUGGAUGCGGCUUAGUGGCUCGAUCGUGGACUCGGGGUAGUGGGGUUGGGGAAAGUAGGCAAACCGAAAUCCUUAGGAAAUUUAUUGAAAUUCCUGUGAAAUUUCAAUUCUAAAAACUAUAUCCUGAUUCUGCUGUAGACCAUUAACCUCGGCGCCCACGAUUGCUUGCUGAGAUUUUCGGCAAGGUUCUUUCCACCUAGGUGAUCAGAUGAGAGUAGAUCAGUAGAUGGGGAUAGAUGAUUUUUGUGUGCACGUGCACCAGUCCUACUCGUACAGAGGAUUGAUCGAUUGUGGAGUAGUAAUUGUAAAAGUAAAAGCAUGUGCGGCUGCCAGCACAUCACGCAUCACGGUAGGUUUGUGCUUCCGCCCUUUGCGCACGAUUGGCAAGGAAUCUGAAACCAAGUGAG